AAAACCCAACCCCAAAACUUCUAGGUAUAAGAGUGUUAGCCAGAUUAUGAUUUUUUUUUCCCAGACUGAUGACUGGUAUUUCUUUGUCCUGCACAUUUAGGAGAUUUUGUUAUACAUUCUGAUACAUUGUCUAACUAGAAUUUAGGGCAAAUUUUAGUUACUGCAGUCACAUUUCGCUGAUUUCAAAAUAGCAGAAGGAUCCUAUUAUACUAUUCCUUGACCCUAUUAUAUUUACAUUACUGGACUCUUUGUGAUAGCCUCUAGCUGCUUUCUGUCUGUGUCCUCCUCAAGCAAAAUAUGCCCAAUAGUAACUAGAAGCAGGGUGUAGUGUUAGAGAUCAAGAUCUCAUGUGAAAUAUGUAUUUCCGCACAGCAUCGUGAAAGCAAAAGGUUUAUUUAAUACUUGUCAGUACCUGAAGACAUAGUCCAGCAUUAGCAAAUAAUAAUAAAUAAUAAUACUCUAAUAAUGUGGCAAUCCUAUUGUGAAAAUGCACAUGACCCUUAGGUUUUCCUGAAGAUUUUCAGAAUUCUCCCCAUUAGUACAACCGGUGGUGGACAUUGCUGUUGCAUUUCCCAAUGAAACGUUUAAAAGACUGUAAAUGGUGUGUGCAUUACUACCUCGCAGAAGGAAGAGGUCAGGCUAAAUUGCACUGGUAUUUAAACAUAAUCAUACUAUGAAAAUAAAUCAAAACAUCACGUAAAAGGAGUAUUUUAAAUGUUACACACGUUCUCUUUCUGGUAUGACACAGCUAAGCAGUUCCCUGUGAGCAUAUAUAUUUUAACACAAGUUUACAAAAAUAUAAAUAUAUGAUUUUCAACAAAUGGGAAUAGGUCUACAGCAAAGUAUUACGAAUAUUAUUUUGCUCUUUCUUUCCUAAUGAGGUUUAUCCUUCAGCCGGACAGUUUUAAGACUGAAAUACUACUGGCUAUAGAGUAUAGAUUGCAAAUUGCACGCUACUCAACGUGAAAAGGAGCACGUUUGAUUGAUCGCCUCUGUGUGUGUAUGCGCCCAUACACACAACUCUCUGUAGUUGCAUGUGUAUGUGUUUGGCAAAACCGGGCAUCUCUGGGCGUCCUUAUCUUAAGAAAUGUGAGACAAACAUCCAUUCCUUUAAUCAUGUUCAUCUUUGAUCACUAGUGAGGGUGACACAGUCCACAAAAUUAACAAAGAAAUUCCCUUGCUUUUGAGACAUAGCUGCAUGUACAUCUGGGUCUGCACACACAUGCACAUGGACACAUGAACACGCAGGCAUACAUCCCAGUAAGUAAAUUAUGGCAUAACUUUUCAUGUAAUUGACACCAGACACCUUUAAUUUUUCAUUUUCAUUCUUUUGACCAGCCUUCACAUUAACAAUCUAAGCCAUAAAUGUUGGUGGCUAUUGAUCGCAAUCCCCUGUGUGCGUGCAAAUCCAUUUUCAAGUCCCCUGCCUUUAAUGUGCGUGUGCGUGUGCAAGGGGCCUCUGACGGCUGUUUAUCAGGAUCUCCCCCAGCCUGCUUCGAGACGACCCCGGAUACACAACGUGUGCCGAUGGCCAAGGGAAAGCACACGCACACACACACGCACACACACACACACACACACACACACACACACACACACACACAAAAAGAGCCAAACCAAAUGAUGGAGAAGUAAAGAAACAAAGCUCUCUUGUGUGAGAUGGGGAGAAAGAUAUGCAGCCGAAAGUGUGUGUAAGUAUACGGUGGGGAUGUGUAGGUUGGGCGCCUGACAUUUCCCAAGACUUCUGGUGGGUUUCUCCCUGCCGACAUCUGGCGCUGCCUCGACCCCGGUGCUCAUGGCCGCACCUUUCGGGAACCCGAGGUUUGCCGAAAAGCCGUCACUACUUUUAAACGUUUGGUAGCUCCAGAAUUUAAAUUUUUUUUAAAAAUUAAAAAAAAAUUAAAACCAAAUUGUAAAAAGGGACAUUUUUUAACCAGUUGCCGAAUCCCUCUGCCAGGCUAUCACCGGCAGCGCGUGGGUGCGGGUCUGGAUGCCCGUGGCUCCCUGUGUGCAAACGCACGCGUGGAUUUACACGGGAAUCCGACCCAGCUGAACUACCUGACAAAUAAAGGACUUUUCAGCCAAUCGAGCUUUUGGGUAACGUCUUCUGAGCAGCUUUCUCGGAGUUUACUGUUCCUUUACUGUUGACUCCAUAGCCUUAACCUUAAAGCAGGGGGAGGAGAGCAGUAGGGAGGGGGUGGGGGUGUUCGCAGCAUAUAAGUACAUCAGGAGGAAUUUUUAAACGACCUUAUUGUCUCUAGCUCUAGAAAGACCACGAUGAUUUCUCUUUAGCGCCAGCAGCUGUUUUCUUUCGAAACUUUGCUUUUUUUGCCUCUCACACGAGCGAGCAGGAGAAAGGCAAGGCUGGGAGAUCCAGAUGCGAGGAGAGGGAAGGAGAACUCCGCGGAUGGUCUGAGCUGUGCCGAGGCAUUGUUCACUGCUGCCUCUCGGUUACGUUUAAAGGCUGAAAUAUCACGAGAUCCACUCAAUGAUCCUUUUCUAAUUCGAGGGACAAAAUGUAAUUUGCUGUAGCUCUGCUUUCUCGGAUGGGAAUACUAUCCCUAGGUUUCAGAGGGAAGAACUAGGCAUCGCGGUUCGCACACACAUGGAUUAAGUUGAACAGCGGCGAUUACAUCUGCGCUGAGAGCAACAGUAGUCCAGGGCUGACUUUUCAAAUCUCAGCCCUCCGAGUUGGAGGCUCCCUUGAAUAGACUUCCUCCAUUCCCGGAUGCACUUCUCCAAAUUCCCACUUCUCUCUCGAAUUCCUGUGAAAUUGGGGGCUUGCCUGCAUUUCGCCUUGUCAUGCAAAACGGCGUUUUCACAGAGUGAUUAUGCGCUUUCUUUAGCUGUACCUGACGGGGUAACACGAACUCCACGCACCAUAUUGCCAACACGCGGAGUGGAUAUUGACGUUUGCGAUUGAAGAUUUUUUUUUUUCCUCCGUCGAUUUUUUUGCCAAGUCACAGCAGUAUGAGAUGUCUCAUUAAUCUCGCGGAUGUGUCUAAUUCUGGAUGUGCAGUGAUACAUAAAAGUGCUGGUGUUUGUAUCCAGCGGAACACUGGAUGCACGGCAGAGAUUGGUGAUUUUUUUUUUUUUCGCAGCGCCUAACGUGCAAACCGCAAGCAUCACUUUAACGUGACAAGGGAGAGGCAUGCAGCUAUCGCAACAUUUGCGAAAUCCUCCUUCUUGACACUCGAAUAAUUUAACGUUCCUAAGAAGAGGUUAAACCUUCAUGCUGCUUCUUCAAAUUGAUUUUAAGGGGCUGCUAUAAAUGGAGCAUCAAAAAUCUUCGGCAGGGCUACUCCGAGCGGAAUAUGCAAACUGCGAGCUAGAAGCAUCCUAGCCCGAUGCAAUAUCGUACAUUGUGUGUUCCAGCACUUUUUUGUUAUUACGUAAAGGCUCCUGGAAACACCUUGGAUAUUUUACAUUCUCCUUUCUCUGCUGGAAGCAAUCAGCACGCAGGAAUCCUGACGUGGGCUCUGGGACUAUAGGACAUUCCAGCUCGUGAUCCAGCACGGUUAAUCGUGAAAAGUGUAUACAUUUCUGGCUUAUCUAUGCUUUGUUAUGGGUCUGACGUGAGCUCACGUCCUCCUCCCCCCUCCUGCAAUAUUACUGGCAGAAUUUCAGUUAAAAGUGUUAUAGUAUCACGGUGCGGGAAGCCGUGAUAUUCAGACAGCAAAAAUAACCCUAGUACCCGGCUAUAAAAAGCUAAUUAAGCAGAAGAGGAAAAUCAAGAGAAACUCGAAAAUCAGGAUGCCUUGAGACAAAUACAGCAUCUGGCUGAGGAUUGUGUGUGUGUGGCUUUUUCUUUUUUUUUUCUUUUUUUUUUCAUCUCUCUCUCUCUCUGCAAAUGCUGGGAAUAAUUUAAUUCACGAAAUGGGAGACCUGAAGUCGGGUUUUGAAGAGGUGGAUGGCGUGAGGCUCGGCUACCUCAUCAUUAAAGGAAAGCAAAUGUUUGCACUCUCCCAGGUUUUUACAGACCUGCUCAAAAACAUCCCGCGAACUACCGUGCACAAGCGAAUGGAUCAUUUAAAAGUAAAAAAACAUCACUGCGACUUGGAGGAGUUGAGGAAACUCAAAGCCAUCAACUCCAUCGCUUUCCACGCCGCCAAAUGCACCCUGAUCUCCAGAGAGGACGUGGAAGCCCUAUACACAUCCUGCAAAACCGAACGGGUUCUUAAAACGAAACGGAGGAAACUAAGCCGGGCGCUGUCUGCCACCGAUCUCCGGCCGGAGCUCGCUUCCCCCGACCCCUUCUCCAGCUUCUGGAAGGAGAACAAACUUUGGCUGGGUCUGAGCGACUCUCCUCGGCCGCUGCUGCCCGUCCGGAGGAAAGCUCUGCGCCCGGGGGACACAGCCUUGCUACCGGCCGCUCAUCUACCUCACAUUUUUAGUAAAUACACUGGCCACAGCUACCCAGAAAUCGCUCGGGCGCCUUGCAAAUCCCCCGUAAACUAUGAAACGGCGCCGGCGGUGGGCGGCUGCGCGCCCCUGCGCUCCCGCCGCCCGCUCGCCGCCGCGGCGCGGCCCCGGCUCCCGAGCGCCGGUCCCCCGCCCCUGCCCGCCCGCUGCCGCCGCCGCCGCCACGGGGCGGCCGCCGCCGCCGUCACGCUGGGCCCCCCCGGCGGCGCCCGCCGGCCCCUGGCCCUGCCCCGGCCCUGCCGGCCCCGCGGCGCCCCGCGGCUGCCGCUGCCUCUGCCCCGCGGCUUCGGGCCGCCCGCCUUCCCCGAGAGCGGCAGCAGCGACUCGGAGUCCAGCUGCUGCUCGGGCCGCGCCGCCCACGACUCGGACUGCGGCUCCAGCCUCUCCAGCUCCAGCGAGGGCAGCUCGGAGGAGGAGGACGAGGAGGAGGACGAGGACGAGGAGGGCAGCGGCGCCUCGGACUCCAGCGAGGGCAGCUCGGAGGAGGAGGAGGAGGAGGAAGAGGAGGAGGAAGAGGAGGAGGAGGAGGACAGCACCUCGGACUCCGACUCCAGCUCGGUCUCCAGCCAGGUUUCGGUGCAGAGCAUCCGCUUCAGGCGCACCAGCUUUUGCAGCCCGCCCGGCGUGGUCCACGCCAACUUCUUGUACCAUCUGGCGGCCGCCGCCGCCUCCCGGCCCCCGGCCCCGGCGGAGCCCGGCGGGCUGCCCGCCCUCCGCGGCGCUCCCGGCGGAGUCAAGCCGGAGCUGCCGGAGGAGUGGGGCUGCCCCGGCUGGGCUCCCGCCGCCCCGGCGCUGCGCUGCUCCGGCGGCCUGGGGAGCUGCUUCGCGGAGAUAAGAGAUGAUAGGGUAUCCGAACUCACAUUCCCACACUCUGAAUUUUCCAAUAAUGCCAAGAGUACUGACCUAACAAUUAACUGUGUUGCAAAGGGGGCCUCUUCACCUAGCCCAAAGACAAACAAUGCAUUUCCACAACAAAGAAUACUCAGAGAGGCAAGGAAAUGCCUUCAAGCAACUACUACACACCGUGCAGAUAACAAUACAAUAGCUGCUAGGUUCUUAAAUAAUGAUUCUUCAUCAGCGGCAGCAAAUUCAGAGAAAGAUUCCAAAAUCCCUCAUUGUAUUGAAUUUGCCACGGAUUUGCCCUCUUUACAAACUGAUCCUGCGGAGGAUGCUGCUUCUCCAGGGGCAGCAGCAGCAGCUGAGCUCCAGUGCACUGAUACAGGCAAUAAGGCGUUGCCAUUCCUGCACAGCAUUAAAAUCAAAAUAGAGGACAGCAGUGCGAACGACGAGUAUGAGCCUGAUCUUACAACACAUAAGCUAAAGUGUGAGUGCAAUGAUACUAAGGAUGAGUUUUACAGUGUGACUGAGAGUAAUAACCAGGACGCUUUAUUAACAGCCAAGGAAGAUUCUGCAUGCACUGAGAAAGAAACCACUUCCUUAAACCCACUGACUCAGAGUCAGGUCCUCUCAUGCACUUUAGGUACUCCAAAACCUGAGGAUGGGGAGUAUAAAUUUGGAGCAAGGGUGAGAAAAAAUUACAGGACACUGGUUUUGGGAAAGCGACCUGUACUGCAGACUCCUCCAGUCAAACCAAAUUUGAAAUCAGCUCGAAGCCCACGUCCUACAGGUAAAAUUGAGACACAUGAAGGAACACUGGAUGAUUUUACAGUUAACAAUAGACGCAAAAGGGUAGCCAGCAAUGUAGCAUCAGCAGUGAAAAGGCCAUUUAAUUUCAUGGCAAAUUUUCCCUGUCCACCAUCACUAAUUAUUGGCAAUGAUGGGGAUUUGUUGCCAGCUUAUUCCUUAAACACCACUAAGGAUUCCCAACCACCUCACAAGGCCCAUCCUGUAUGGAAAUGGCAGCUGGGCGGUUCUGCAAUACCUCUUCCACCUAGCCACAAAUUCAGGAAAUUUAAUUAAUAAAGUAGUUUGGAAAAUAUUUUCUUGAACCACCUUUAACUUUCUUACCUUUUUUUUUUUUUAAACUCUGCAGCAUGGUUUGUACAAACCCAUUAAUGCUAUACACUAUUGGAAUCCUGUUUUAUCACAUUGUGAAGACAGAAUCUGGAUUACUAUUUUAUUUACCAUUACAACAGUGGGGGGGUUUUCCUUAUUUUGGGAUCUUGGUGGGGCUUUUUUUUGGUUGUUGUUGGUUUGGGCUUUUUUGUUUGUUUGUUUGUUCUGUUGCAUUGUUUUUGUUUUUUGUUUUUGUUUUUGGGGUUUUUUUUAUUAUGUUACAUUCCACAGAGUACUUCAGGCUAAAGACUCAAGUUAAACUCAGUUAUUAUGGUAGAGCUGGAACACUUUACUGUUUAAAUGCUAAUAAUGCACCAGUACCUCAAUUCAACUGCUGCAAAUAAAUGUCAAAAGGUUGAAUAAUAAAUAUUAGAAUGAGCCAUUAAAUUUAUGCACUAGAUUUUGAAAAUGGAAGUCUAACUGUUAAUUCAGUUAAACUUUGUUAAGUUACAUGGUUGCACAGUAAGGGUUCACUAUAAUUCAAUGUGGCAGCAGUAUACUUUUCGGGAGCUUUGUUUUCGGGUGCAGGGGUGUCUUUUUCGAAGGGCAGUUGCACUUUCUCCUUCUUCUCCGGUUUGGAAAAGACUGGGGUCCGCCUGCGACCCCAGUGCUGGGAAAAGCUGCCUCAUUUGAAACCAGUAAAUAAAUGUGGAAUUCUAUUUUUGGUAAAAGGGUGUCUUUUUACUUGUACAGCCACUCUUUGCAAUUGGGAAGCCUUUUUGUUUCACCCAGAGGUCUUAAAUAAGGUUACUGCUAUCCACUAAUGUCAUACUUAAGUUGUGGUCUGAACAUGCCCCUUACAAACUUGCAAAGCAACUAAAAUAUUUGCCCGGCCAGCAGUACAAUUUAUGGUCCAGCCCCUCAUGCUGGCUGGAGGAAAUAGCAAAGCAGUAAAUACAACACAGAAAGUGAAAUGAGAGGCCGUAAGUGGAAAGAUUACACAAAAUGAGAAGACCAUGUUAUUCAUAGCUUUUUGGCAACAAAACUCAGGCGAUUCAACCAUGUUACACUUCCCGGUUCUAUCCUCAUCUCUUGAAAUUUGCUGUUGUGGGUUUUUUUGCCAUGCCAUCCUCUCUAUGUAGCAGAAACAUUUUUACUGCACGUGACAAUCAGAGGCAAUUAUCUAUAUUUGCACUUAAUAUCAAAAUAGUCAAACAGGCAGACUUCUAGAGUCUAGCCCUUGGUAAGACAUGCUGGUAUAAUAUAUUGUGAUGAUGGAAGCAGUAAAUCAAAAUUAUGGAAAUUUGCACUGUUGAAAAGCAUGCUUUAGCUUUAUUUUCAAUUAAAAACACUGUUUUAAAAAAAUCCUGAUUCCAAACACUUUGAAUUAUUGCAGAGUUAUCCGUGGUUUCCUCUCCAUUUGUAAGUUCACUGUUUUUAUUUGGAGGAAAUACGCUUCAAGAGGUUAACUGUUUCACUCCCUCCCCCCCAACCUCUGCAAAAGAAAGGGAAGGAGGAAAAAAAAAAAAAGGCUGGAGGCCGAGGUGGAGGCAGAGCUGAGGACGGGGGAAGGUAUCUCUUGUGGGGGGAGGACGGAUACAGCAACUCUGAAAACAGCCUGAAAAGUUUGCAGCUUGAGAAAGGCAAUAAUAAUUGAGUUGCUGAAUCAGCAGAGUUUAGGAUGAAUAAUUGCUGGUUUCUUUCUUUGGAUUAGCAUUUUAUUUAUACUAGAUCAUUCACAAAUUAAAUUUUAAGGAUUCCACUCAUCGAUCAAUCCCGGGAGAAUAAUUUAUCCCAAAUCAAAAAAGGAAAACAAAGCAACAAUGUAAUGUUUACUGUGUGACUCAAAGUCAACAUUUCUGCUGGCAAUCCACUGCCUGGGUUUCAGUUUUUUAAUUCCUGCCUUUUGUGAUGCCCUGUCCCAACCCCUCGUGUCUCCAAAUAUUCCAAGCAGUCACUAACUGAUUUCAGCUCUGUUUACUAUAUCCACACCGGAGUUUUCCCCUCAUUGUAAAAGGCCUAGUCAAAGAAUACCUGCAGCCAAAUAUAUUUAGAAAGAGUAAACAAUUGCCUUUCAGUGGAGUUACCCUUCCCCCCUGCAUGCACACGCACACACACAUGCACACACAUCACUUUAAGCUGCCAAUUGCAAAAGGUGCAUUGCAUACUUAACCGCUCUGCUGAAAUUACGAUGCUCAUGAAAAAUCUGCUUACUGAAGUUGUUCUGAGAUGAAUGUUUACAUUCGUGUGUUUAGAGCUGCACAGAUUACAGCCUUAUUUCCAGAGAACUGUAAGUACGUACAAAGUGUACUGCUCAGGAAAGCCCCCCCGCUCUGUUAGAAACUGUGUCUCCCUGACAAAGGUCUUCCCUUGACCAAAAAAAUAAAAAAAUAAAAAGAAAGGAAAAAAAAAAGAAAAAAAAAGAGCCAAAAGACGCAAAAGUGCAAUAUGCAAACUUGAAACCUAAAAUUUCGCCUUGCCAGUUAAACAACAUAUCACUUUCAAAGUAACUCUGUCCCCUGACCCUGUUUACUUCCAAUUAGAGAUAUGCUGAUUUGGCCAGGAAUUGUAAAUUACAGAGGUGCCUUUUCAGGUUCUGAAAUAAUCCGGGAUGGGGGGCUGGGGGUUGGAGGGGGAGGUAUAAGCAUAAAUUUAUACCAAAUAGGCUCUGCAGAGUUGAGGACGUGAAAUAUGGCGCCCAGCCUUGGCAGCGGCCCGGGAGCUCCAGGCACCCCCGGGCAUCCCCGGCAGGCUGCUCCGCUGGGCUCCCCUCCAUCCAGGCAGCAGCACACGGCAAGGAGUUAAACAGCCAAAUAAUUUUCACACGUGCACACCUCAGUUUAGUACAAGUCACUAGCAGGGACAUUCGUGGUUUUACUACCGCUGGAGAAAUUAGCCAGGUACAAUAACUCACCAGGAGAAAAAAAAAAAGGGGGGGGGGGAGGGGGAUGGUAUUCUGUUCAAUUCUGGUAGUUUGGUAACUGUUCCUGAUGACAUUGUAAUUAUUAUUGCGAUCAGAGUUCGUUAUCAUUUCAGACUUAAACAUGUAAAAUUUUAUCAUUGAAUUACAUAAAAAAUAACCAAAUUUCUCCCAUAAAGGUAAGUUCUAAUAAUGAGGAAACCCCAAGGUUUUCUAAGGGAGAAAGGCUACCAUUUUGUUGUGAUGUUUACAUGAGAUAAAACUUACAAUGUGUUAGUAAUUGCCACCAUUUUCCAAUUCCUGGUGUACACAAAAAUCAACAGAAUUUUCUAGAGGAAAAAGCAAUUGAGGAAGUGCAUGUACUGUAAGGACUAUACUCUGUAGGUAUUUGCCACAAAUAGAGUUCACUGGGAAAUUUAUUGUGACUAUUUCUGCUGCCAGAUGGAAGACAAAAGAAAGUUUUGGACUCUGUUUAAUUCUCUAGAACAUUAAAAAGGGAACACGUGUAAUGCCUUCAGCAAUGAGGUAUAUUGCCUUAAAAGAUGUAACUUGCCGUUUACAGCAAUUUACUUUAAGAAGUGAUUGUUCUAUAAGCUACCCUUACUUGACUACAGUGGGAUAAUCUCUUUACUGGUUGUUUAUUUAAAAAGCCACUACUAGCAAUAAUGCAAAAUAGUGGUAGCUGUUGUAUGAAGUUUGCUGUUUAAUCAAUUCAUAUGGUGAUUUUUUACAUGGUCUCUGAUCCCUUUUACUCUAACAGAUUUAGUUGCCAAUAAAUUAAAGUUUCUGCAGAAAUGAGAGCAAUGUUACCAUGUUUGUGUUUGU